AUGCAAACUCCACCAACCUAUUUUGAAAAAUCACAAUAUAUAGAAACAUUAAAUGGAAAUAAAGUUAGUAAAUCAUCAAUACUGUGUGGUAUUAUGAAUAUCAGAUUACAUGGUAAAACUAUAAUAAAACCGGGUGUCAUUGUAAGGGGAGAUUUGGCAACAGUAAAUAUAGGGAGACUAUCGAUUGUUUCAGAGAAUACCGUAAUUAGACCCUCUUCAAAGAAAUUUAAAGGCUCAAUAGUUUAUUUUCCACAAAAUAUAGGUGAUCAUGUUUUUAUAGGCGAGGGUUGUGUAAUUUCAGCUGCAAGUAUAGGUUCACAGGUUUAUAUUGGUAAAAAUUGUAUUAUAUCAAAGAGAUGUAUAUUGAAAGAUUGUUGUAUAAUAGAGGACGGUACUAUUUUACCUCCAGACACUGUUGUACCACCAUUUACAUAUUAUUCAGGAGUACCAGGUGUUUAUAAAGAGGAUUUACCAGAUUGUACAGAUGUUUUUCAAAAAGAUUAUACAACAUCACUAUAUGAAUCAUUUUUACCAAAUAUUCCAAAACCAUCAACUUCAGGUUCACCAAUAAAACCUGUUACAAUAAGUUAA